AUGUCUGCCCCCAACGCCGGCCGUCAGUCCCCCGAGCCCGAGCGCCAAAACGAAGCACAAUCCGGCCAGACAACCGACAACGUCAACCAGCAAGGUGCUGGCCCCAAGGAGGGCGCUGAGAAGGCUAGCGACAACGCCAAGGACAGCUUGAGCUCAAACCCUACACAUCCUCUGGAGAAGCACUCCGAGGAGACUACUUCCAAGAAGGUCUAA